AUGGAGGGUCCACCAGAGUCCCUGUACCUCUGCUGCCCACCAGGGUCCACCAGAGUCCCUGUUCCUCUGCGGCCCACCGGAGUCCCUGUUCCUCUGCUGCCCACCAGGGUCCCUGUUCCUCUGCUGCCCACCAGAGUCCCUGUUCCCCUGCGGCCCACCGGAGUCCCUGUUCCUCUGCCGCCCACCGGAGUCCCUGUUCCUCUGCCGCCCACCAGAGUCCACCAGGGUCCCUAUACCUCUGCUGCCCACCAGAGUCCCUGUUCCUCUGCCGCCCACCAGAGUCCCUGUUCCUCUGCGGCCCACCAGAGUCCCUGUUCCUCUGCCGCCCACCAGAGUCCCUGUUCCUCUGCGGCCCACCAGAGUCCCUGUUCCUCUGCGGCCCACCGGAGUCCCUGUUCCUCUGCCGCCCACCGGAGUCCCUGUUCCUCUGCCGCCCACCAGAGUCCACCAGGGUCCCUAUACCUCUGCUGCCCACCAGAGUCCCUGUUCCUCUGCCGCCCACCAGGGUCCCUGUUCCUCUGCUGCCCACCAGGGUCCCUGUUCCUCUGCGGCCCACCGGAGUCCCUGUUCCUCUGCCGCCCACCGGAGUCCCUGUUCCUCUGCCGCCCACCAGAGUCCACCAGGGUCCCUAUACCUCUGCUGCCCACCAGAGUCCCUGUUCCUCUGCCACCCACCAGAGUCCCUGUACCUCUGCUGCCCACCAGAGUCCCUGUUCCUCUGCUGCCCACCAGAGUCCCUGUACCUCUGCUGCCCACCAGAGUCCCUGUUCCUCUGCCGCCCACCAGAGUCCCUGUACCUCUGCUGCCCACCAGGGUCCCUGUUCCUCUGCGGCCCACUGGAGUCCCUGUUCCUCUGCCGCCCACCAGAGUCCCUGUUCCUCUGCCGCCCACCAGAGUCCCUGUUCCUCUGCCGCCCACCAGGGUCCCUGUUCCUCUGCCGCCCACCAGAGUCCCUGUACCUCUGCUGCCCACCAGGGUCCCUGUUCCUCUGCGGCCCACCGGAGUCCCUGUUCCUCUGCCGCCCACCAGAGUCCCUGUUCCUCUGCUGCCCUCAAGGGAGAUCUGCCCUCCGGCUGAGAUCAUGAAGAACAUCCUCAACCUUCUCCACGGAGGCCGAGCGGAGACCAAUUACUCCACAUUACACGAUGCAACCAGGGGCACUUUCACAGCACCGACCGACCCGGACCCGGACCCGGACCCGGACCCGGACCCGGACCCGGACCCAGAACCAGAACCAGAACCAGAACCAGAAUCAGACCCAGGCCCAGACCCAGGCCCAGACCCAGAACCAGACCGGACCCAGACCAACCAGAACCAGAACCAGAAUCGGACCCAGGCCCAGACCCAGAACCAGACCCAGACCCAGACUGUGACCCAGACUGUGACCCAGAACCAGAACCAGAAUCGGACCCAGGCCCAGAACCAGAACCAAAACCUGAACCAGGCCCGCACCCGGACCCGAACCCAGACCCAGACCCGGACUCAGACCCAGAACCAGAACCAGGCCCGGACCCGGACCCAGAACCAGACCCAGAACCAGAACCAGACCCAGACCCAGACUGUGACCCAGACUGUGACCCAGAACCAGAACCAGAAUCGGACCCAGGCCCAGAACCAGAACCAAAACCUGAACCAGGCCCGCACCCGGACCCGAACCCAGACCCAGACCCGGACUCAGACCCAGAACCAGAACCAGAACCAGGCCCAGGCCCAGGCCCGGAACCGGACCCAGACCCAGAACCAGAAGCAGAACCGGACUCGGACCCAAACCCAGACCCGGAACUGGACCCGGACCCGGACCCGGACUCUGACCUGGGCCCAGAACCAGAACCCGAACCAGGCCCGGAAACGGAAACAGAAACGGACCUGGAACCAGACCCAAACCCAGACCCAGAACCAAGCCCAGGCCAGGCCCAAACCCAGACCCAGUGACAAGUGA